AUGAAAUCAGUUGCAGCGUCAGUCAUCACUGAAGAAGAAAACCAAAACAAAACUAAAACAGAGAAAGGAGGAGCCUAUAAUUUACUGAAAUGUGUCAUUUGGUUCUUUGCAGAAUCCUUACUGAAGACAUUUGAAGGCUGUUUGACGUUUCCACUAGGACUGGGAGAUGGGCAAUUCUAUUCGUGGACAGAUGGUCUGAGAAGAAAAGACUGGCAUGACUACGAAAGCAUUCAGAAGGACGCUUUGCGCUCAGGGAAAGGAGAACAUGGCAAACCAUAUCCUCUUACUGAAGAGGACCGUGAUGACUCAGCUUACAGGGAAAAUGGCUUCAAUAUUUUUGUCAGCAACAAUAUUGCUUUAGAGAGGUCUCUGCCAGACAUCCGUCACGCUAACUGUAAGCACAAAAUGUACCUUGAAAGGCUGCCAAACACCAGCAUCAUUAUCCCAUUUCACAAUGAAGGCUGGACCUCACUCCUGCGGACCAUACACAGUGUGAUUAACCGAACCCCAGAGAGUCUGAUAGCAGAAAUCAUUCUAGUCGAUGACUUCAGCGAUAGAGAACACUUGAAGGAUAAGUUAGAAGAUUACAUGGCUCGGUUUUCCAAAGUGAGAAUCGUUCGCACCAAGAAAAGGGAAGGACUCAUCCGGACCCGACUCCUGGGAGCUUCGAUGGCCAGAGGCAAGGUGUUGACCUUCCUGGACUCCCACUGUGAGGUCAAUGUGAACUGGCUGCCCCCACUCCUCAACCAAAUUGCACUAAACCACAAAACCAUCGUGUGUCCCAUGAUCGAUGUCAUUGACCACAAUCACUUUGGGUACGAGGCACAAGCUGGGGAUGCCAUGCGAGGAGCCUUCGACUGGGAAAUGUACUACAAAAGAAUCCCCAUCCCUCCAGAGCUCCAGAGGGCUGAUCCCAGCGACCCUUUCGAGUCUCCUGUUAUGGCUGGGGGUCUCUUCGCAGUGGAUCGAAAGUGGUUUUGGGAACUGGGUGGCUAUGACCCAGGCUUAGAGAUCUGGGGAGGAGAGCAGUAUGAGAUCUCUUUUAAGGUUUGGAUGUGUGGAGGAGAAAUGUUUGACGUUCCGUGUUCUAGAGUUGGUCAUAUCUACAGGAAGUAUGUCCCUUACAAAGUUCCAUCUGGGACCAGCCUGGCAAGAAACCUGAAGCGUGUGGCUGAAACCUGGAUGGAUGAAUUUGCUGAGUACAUUUACCAGCGGCGGCCAGAGUACAGGCACCUCUCCACCGGGGACAUCUCUGCCCAGAAGGAGCUGCGCAAACGACUCAAGUGUAAAGACUUCAAAUGGUUCAUGGCUGCGGUGGCCUGGGAUGUGCCUAAGUACUACCCUCCGGUAGAGCCCCUGCCAGCGGCGUGGGGGGAGAUUCGGAACCUGGCGGCCAACUUGUGUGUGGACAGCAAGCACGGAGCCACGGGGACUGAGCUGAGGCUGGACAUCUGUGUCAAAGAUGGUUCCGAAAGGACGUGGUCUCAUGAGCAGCUCUUUACUUUUGGGUGGAGAGAAGAUAUUCGACCCGGUGAGCCUCUGCACACCCGAAAAUUCUGCUUCGAUGCAAUCUCAAACAGUAGCCCUGUCACGCUCUAUGACUGUCACGGCAUGAAAGGGAACCAGCUCUGGGGAUACCGGAAGGACAGAACACUAUUUCACGCUGUGAGCAACAGCUGCAUGGACUGUAAUCCUGCAGAGAAGAAGAUUUUCAUGGCCAGAUGUGACCCUCUCUCUGAGACUCAGCAAUGGAUUUUUGAACAUAUCAACAUGACUGUUUUAGAAAAAAAUAGCCACCAUGCCAGCUCCUAG